AUCCGUCGUCGGAUUUACAACUACAACGCCCCCAAAAUUCAACUAGGGCUAGCCGCGCCACCGUCUUCCGGUCCCAAUUCCGGCCAAUAGAGACGUUCUCUUUGGGGAAUUAGCCGUUUCCGGACCAGCUGAGAGAGAAGCUUGAGAAAUUUGAUUCCAGAAGUUAUGGCUUGCGUUUAUAUACCAGUGCAGAAUUCGGAAGAAGAGGUGAGGGUGGCUCUUGAUCAGCUGCCACGGGACGCCACCGACAUCCUCGACAUUCUGAAGGCCGAGCAAGCGCCGCUCGAUCUGUGGCUCAUAAUCGCGAGGGAGUACUUCAAACAAGGAAAGGUGGAUCAAUUUAAACAAAUAUUGGAGGAAGGAUCCAGUCCUGAAAUUGAUGAAUAUUACGCAGAUGUAAGGUAUGAGAGAAUUGCAAUUCUGAAUGCCUUGGGGGCAUAUUACAGCUACCUUGGGAAAAUUGAGACAAAAUAUAGGGAAAAGGAAGAUUAUUUUAUUCAGGCCACAAAGUAUUAUAACAAGGCGUCAAGGAUUGACAUGCAUGAACCUUCAACCUGGAUUGGCAAAGGUCAGCUUUUACUGGCCAAGGGAGAUGGUGAACAGGCAUUCAAUGCAUUCAAAAUUGUAUUAGAUGGUGAUCGUGAUAAUGUUCCAGCUCUUCUUGGACAGGCUUGUGUUCACUUUAACCGCGGUCGAUAUUCUGAAGCACUUGAGUUAUACAAGAGAGCAUUACAAGUCUAUCCAUGGGCCCCCUCUGUAAGAGUUGGGAUAGCUCUUUGCCAUUAUAAAUUGGGUCGUUUUGAGAAGGCAAAGCAAGUAUUUCAUCGUGUUCUACAGUUAGACCCGGAUAAUGUUGAAGCACUUGUUGCACUUGGGAUUUCAGAUUUGCAAACUAAUGAAGCUUUUGAUAUUAGGCAUGGGAUGGAAAAGAUGCAGCAAGCCUUUGAGAUCUAUCCCUACUGUGCCAUGUCACUAAAUUAUCUUGCUAAUCAUUUCUUUUUCACUGGUCAACAUUUCCUUGUUGAGCAGUUGACUGAAACUGCGCUUGCUGUAACUAUGCAUGGCCCAACAAAGGCACAUUCUUACUACAAUCUGGCUCGCUCUUACCACAGCAAGGGUGAUUAUGAAAAGGCAGGAAUGUAUUAUAUGGCCUCUGUUAAGGAGAGCAAUAGUGCCCAUGAUUUUGUAUUACCUUACUAUGGUUUGGGGCAAGUGCAACUCAAAUUAGGAGAUCUAAGAAGUUCUUUGACAAAUUUUGAAAAGGUCUUGGAGGUUCUACCAGAGAAUUGUGAUACAUUAAAAGCUCUUGGACACAUUUAUGUUCAACUUGAGCAGCCUGAGAAAGCCCAAGAACUAUACAGGAAAGCCACAAAAAUUGAUCCACGUGAUCCUCAGGCAUUUCUGGAUCUUGGUGACCUAUUAAUUUCAACAGAUGCCAAUGCUGCCUUAGACACCUUUAAAACCGCUCGUAAUCUGCUGAAACGAGGGAAUGAGGAAGUACCUUUAGAGCUUCUUAACAAUAUUGGCGUACUCCAUUUUGAAAGGGGAGAAUUUGAGCUUGCAGCAGAGGCAUUUAAGGAAGCACUUGGAGAGGGCAUAUGGUGCAACUUUUUUGAUGCUGAAGGAGAAUCUAUUUUAAACAAGGCACAGACAAAUGGUGAAGCCCGAAGUCAAAAUGAGCAACUGAGCCCUAAUCGUAGAGCCCGAGCUAAUUUAAUUAACAGUGUACGGUAUCCUGUUGAUGCCAGCUCAGUUAUCCGUCAAUACAAAGACUUGACAUUAUUUCAACGGCUUGAGGAACAAGGCUUAUCUGUUGAACUUCCAUGGGAUAAAGUUUCAGCAUUAUUUAAUCUGGCUCGGGUGCUGGAGCAGCUGCAUAACACUGAAUCAGCCAGCACUUUUUACCGUAUGAUAAUGUAUAAGUAUCCAGAGUACACAGAUGCUUAUUUGAGGCUUGCUGCCAUUGCAAAAGCUCGAAACAAUGUUCAAGUCAGCCUCGAACUGAUUGGGGAUGCACUAAAGGUGGAUGAGAAGUGCCCAGAUGCUUUACUGAUGCUUGGAGAUUUGGAACUAAAGAAUGAUGAUUGGGUCAAGGCAAAAGAAACAUUCCGGACUGCAAAGGACUCAACUGAUGCGAAAGAUUCUUAUGCUGCAGUUUGUCUGGGAAAUUGGAAUUACUUUGCUGCAAAUCGAAAUGAGAAAAGAGCUCCUAAGUUGGAAGCUACACAUUAUGAGAAGGCAAAGGAACUAUAUACAAAGGUUCUUUUACUGCAAUCUGCUAAUCUGUACGCUGCAAAUGGUGCUGGUAUGGUUUUUGCUGAAAAAGGGCAAUUUGAUAUUGCUAAGGAUCUUUUCACACAGGUUCAAGAAGCUGCAAGUGGAGUUUUUAAUGUUCAGAUGCCAGAUGUGUGGAUCAAUGUGGCUCACGUUCACUUUGCGCAAGGCAACUUUGCAUUGGCUGUGAAAAUGUAUCAAAACUGUCUCCGCAAGUUCUUCUAUAACACUGACAGUCAAGUGCUUCUCUACUUAGCACGCACACAUUAUGAAGCAGAACAAUGGCAAGAGUGUAAAAAGACAUUACUAAGAGCAAUCCACAUGGCUCCUUCAAAUUAUACAUUGAGGUUUGAUGUUGGAGUUACUCUACAGAAGUUCUCAACGUCAACACUUCAAAAGACAAAAAGGACCGUGGAUGAGAUUCGGGCUACUGUAGCAGAGCUCAAGAACGCUGUUCGCGUAUUCAGCUUGCUGUCUGCAGCUUCAAACCUCCACUCCCAUGGUUUUGACGAGAAGAAGAUUGAGACUCAUGUUGCAUACUGCAAACAUUUGCUUGAAGCUGCAAACGUCCAUUGUGAGCUUGCUGAGCGUGAAGAAAUGCAGACCAUGCAGAGAUUGGAGGUCAUGCGUCAGAUGGAGUUGGCUGACGAAUCCCGCAGAAAGGCAGAAGAACAGAGAAAAGUUCAGUUGGAGAAAAGAAAGCAGGAGGAUGAGUUUAAGCAAGUCAUGCAACAAGAGAAACACUUGCAGCGGAUCAAGGAACAAUGGAAGAGUUCUUCCUCAAAACGGAAAGAGAAACCGGCUGAAGAUGAGGAGGGAGGGCAAAGGAGGAGGAAAGGUGGAAAGCGGAGGAGGAAGGAUAAGAAAUCACGCGAUGAAUCUGAGGAAGCAGAGGCUGAGACAUACGAUCAGGAGGAGAUGGAUUAUGACGACAACAAUGCAAGCUACAGAGAGCAAUAUAAUCAGACAAAUGAUGCUGAUGACAGAGAAGAUGCUCCCCAAGAUCUUCUUGCAGCAGCUGGGCUAGAAGAUUCUGAUGUAGACGAUGAAGAAGCUGCACCUUCAAGCAUAAAUCGACGAAGAAGGGCCUUGUCAGAAUCAGAUGAAGACGAUGAGCCAUUGCAGAGGCGGCAAGAGCCCGAGCCUGAGCCUGAGCCUGAGCCUGAGCCUGAGCCUGAGCCUGAGCCUGAGCCUGAGCCUGAGCCUGAUCAGACAGCUGAUAUGCAGAUGAGCGAUGGAGAGGUGAAUGUAGGUGAUGAUGAAGAUUGAAGUGUCUGAGGCUCACAGCUUUUUGUAGUAGUGUGUAAACGUGCUUUUUAUGGAAUAUCUGCUUCCCUUUUUCCUUCCCAUUUAUUGCUUAUCUAAUGUAGAUUUGUAUAUAUAAUCAAAUUCCAAUUCUAA